UAUUAUAUUAUAUUUAUUUUAUAAAUAUUUAUGUCCGUGCAUGAGCACGGGAAAGUCACCUAGUUUAAACAAUUAGUUACCAUAAACAUUAUUUGUAAUAUUAUGUAAAUUCUUUGGCAAGUGAUAUUAAUUGGUUAUAGACUUACCUUUUUUAAGAUCUAAAUAAAUAAAUAAAAAUUAAAAAUCAUCGACCAUUCAAAUUAUAACAAUUUUGUAAGAGUUCAUCUAUGAUCUACACGUAAGAAAAAGUCACUAAAAUGACUUCUCAAUUAAUAUAUCGUAGGAUUUACGCAAGAAACAUGUUCACAUUUAACAGCGUGUGAAACUAAAUAUUUUUUUACGGUGAGAUGCAAUAGUUGAUAGUAAAUCCGUUUUUUUAAUCGAUGAAAAUGUAAGCAAAGGAAAAUGAGAAAAUAUGAUACGUUCUUUCGCAUUCACCUUACAAAAAUGAUCUUUGAAUGAGAAAUAUAUAUGUAUAUAUAGUGGAAGAGGGCUAGCGGGAAAAAUUUCUUUUCUUCUUCAGAUGGAAUGAAAUUUGUCUUGAAGAUAUGGAAUAAUUUUUGGAUAUUAGGUUUAAAUAUUUCUGUGACAGAACCAAAGUAGUUCUACCAUGGUAUGAACCAAUAAGGAGAUUUGGAUAAGUUACAGAUGGUGUAAAAAAUUGAUCAACUACGUGUGUUUGUGUUUAGGAGAUUGGAUCAAAAAGGAAUUGUACCAUGCUUGGCAAUAAUCCCAAUAGUUAAAGGAGACAUUGUAACAAGGAAAAUUUUUAAGAUCUUCUGGAAAAAAAAAUAUAUAUAUAUAUAUAUUGUUUCAGGGGUUGUUAAAAAAAAUCUUGUUUUAGACCUUUAGUGAUAUGAAGUCUUUUGAGGAUCUUGAGAAACAAUGGAUUCACCAGUGUUGGUUUCUGAUUCCUAAAUCUGCUGAGUUUUCACAGCGUUAUAGCAUAUAAUAGUUGUGAUCCUUUAGGGGUCGUAUCUAGUGUCACACGUAAAGUAGUGAGAGAAAAAAAUGAUUUGCGUUGUUCCGGGAUGUUCGCUAAUGAACCAACCACCACUCGUUUUCAAGGCUGUCUCCUAUAACAUUGACGGGUUUUGAUACAUCGACAUUUUAGAUAUUCUGCUUAGCUUCUUUUUGGUUGACAACAAGAUUUUGCUUAGGUUACUUGUUUUCCUUUCUUUAACCACAAUUUCUAUUAUUGAUAUCCUCCGGAUAUGAAGCAAAAUCCUCAAAAACAAACGAGUGUCCCCUAAAUAUAGACAAAGAAUGUUAAGAAAAACCGUUGGUGCUUGCAACAUUGGGUUAUUAAUAACACACAUCUCUAUCCUCCUUUAACCCUCUCAUGCCCAUCUAUAAACAGCCUUGGGCCUUUUCCAAGGUUUCUGUUUUAGCCAUGGCUAAACCUCCUUCCUUUGUGUGUUGCAUCUUCCUCUUGUUCUUCUUCCUCUUGUCCUCCUCUUUUGUCGCAUUUGCCCUGACCGAUACAGAAGCUGCCUUCAUCGUGCAGCGACAGCUCUUGACAUUACCAGCAAACGGUGAACUUCCUGAUGACAUUGAAUACGAGGUUGACCUCAAGGCUACAUUUGCAAACACAAGGCUUAAAAGAGCUUACAUAGCUCUUCAAACUUGGAAAAAGGCAUUUUUUUCGGAUCCGUUUAACACAACAGGAAACUGGCAUGGACCUCACGUAUGUGGCUACAACGGUGUGGUUUGUGCACCGGCUCUUGAUGAUCCUGAUGUCACCGUAGUAGCUGGUGUUGACCUUAAUGGCGCGGAUAUCGCAGGGCAUUUGCCUGCUGAGCUUGGUUUGAUGACAGAUGUUGCUUUGUUCCAUUUGAAUUCUAACAGGUUUUGUGGUAUCAUCCCUAAGAGCUUUGAGAAGCUGAAGCUGAUGCAUGAAUUUGAUGUCAGUAAUAACCGUUUUGUUGGACCUUUCCCUGAAGUCGUCCUCGCAUGGCCUGAUGUUAAAUUCAUCGACCUUAGGUUCAAUGAUUUUGAAGGUCAAGUCCCUUCGGAGCUGUUCAAGAAAGAGCUAGACGCUAUUUUCUUGAACAACAAUAGAUUCACCUCGACGAUUCCUGAAUCUCUAGGAGAAUCUCCAGCCACGGUUGUGAGUUUUGCAAACAAUAAAUUCACCGGAUGUAUUCCUAAAAGUAUCGGAAACAUGAAGAAUCUCAAUGAAGUUGUCUUUAUGGAUAACAAGUUGGGCGGUUGUUUCCCGUCUGAAAUCGGAAAGCUGUCGAAUGUGACGCUUUUCGAUGCAAGCAAGAACACGUUCAUUGGUCGUCUCCCGACAAGUUUUGUCGGGUUAACGGGUGUGGAGGAAUUCGAUAUCUCCGAGAAUAAACUGACCGGAUUAGUAGCGGAUAACAUUUGCAAGUUGCCUAAUUUGGUGAACUUCACUUACUCCUACAAUUACUUCAAUGGACAAGGUGGUUCGUGUGUUCCAGGUGGUGGUCGGAAGGAGAUUGAAUUGGACGACGUACGUAAUUGCUUACCUCAUCGACCAGACCAACGGUCCGCCCAGGAAUGUGCAGUAGUGAUCAGCCGUCCGGUUGACUGUAGCAAGGACAAAUGCGCUGGUGGCGGCUCCUCUACUCCGUCGAGACCAUCGCUGGUUCACAAGCCAUCGCCAGUUCCAACUACGCCUGUUCACAAACCAUCGCCAGUUCCAACUACGCCUGUUCACAAACCAUCGCCGGUUCACAAGCCAUCGCCAGUUCCAACUACGCCUGUUCACAAACCAUCGCCAGUUCCAACUACACCUGUUCACAAACCAUCUCCAGUUCCAACUCGACCGGUUCAUGAACCACAACCACCAAAAAAGUCACCCCAACCGGAUGAUCCUUACGAUCAAUCUCCAGUGGGUAACCGACGCAGUCCUCCUCCACCUCAUGAAUCCCAACCUCCAGUGGUUUUCUCUCCUCCACCAACUCCGGUAAGCUCUCCACCACUUCUUUCUCCUCCUCUUCCUUCACCUCCUCCACCAGUUUACUCUCCACCACCACCAGUUCACUCUCCGCCACCACCGGUUAACUCACCACCACCGCCGGUUCAUUCUCCGCCACCCCCAGUCCACUCUCCACCACCACCGGUUCACUCUCCUCCACCGCCGGUACACUCUCCCCCACCGCCAGUCCACUCUCCACCACCACCGGUCCACUCUCCUCCACCCCCGGUUCACUCUCCUCCACCGCCGGUCCACUCUCCACCACCACCAGUCCAUUCCCCACCACCACCGGUCCACUCUCCGCCACCACCUCCUCCACCAGUUCACUCUCCACCACCACCGGUUCACUCUCCACCACCACCACCACCACCUCCACCAGUUCACUCUCCACCACCACCGGUUCACUCUCCACCACCACCUCCUCCACCGGUUCACUCCCCGCCACCUCCUCCUCCCCCAGUCCACUCUCCACCACCACCGGUUCACUCUCCGCCACCUCCUGUCCACUCUCCUCCACCGCCAGUCCACUCCCCACCACCUCCGCCUGUCUACUCUCCUCCACCACCUGUCUUUUCACCACCACCCCCACCGGUACAUUCCCCGCCGCCACCAGUCCAUUCGCCACCUCCACCUGUUCACUCGCCACCACCUCCCCCGGUUAACUCGCCACCGCCACCGCCACCGGUGGAAAAGAAAGAGGUGCCGCUGGCACAUGAACCAGCCCCAAGUGAUGAGUUCAUCCUACCACCUUUCGUCGGCCACCAAUACGCAUCGCCACCACCUCCAAUGUUCCCUGGCUACUAAUAUCCAUCAACGAGAGAAGAACCGACUAUAUAUAAAAAGCAAAUUGUAUCUUCUUGAACUAAAUUUGUAAAACGAAAGAAGAAGACAAUUAAUGUAUGAUAAGCGAAACCAACUUGUUACGGUACCAGAUGUCGGAUAAAUUUGUACAAUGACAACUUCUGAUGGUAGAUAAAGAUUUUAAACUUCUAAGCAAAUAUAAAUGUUUUCACUCUCUUCUUUCAACUAAUUAGUGUUUUAUACAUGAUUGGUAAACUCUAUCAUCUAAGAUUUGCUACGAAGCAAUAAGCGUAAUCCUACACUUGUGAAUAAGAGUACUCAACGUAUAUACAAGCUUAAUCCAAUUUGUGGUACUUGGAAUUAAAAACCUCAACACAUUGGUUUUGUUUUUUCUUUUGCCUCAAAUUAGUUGUACCUAGAGUGAAUGUAUCCACUUUAACUUUGAAUACGCAUGUCUACAGGGCAAGUAUAUUGGCUGUGUUUGAAACAUAUAUAGUUAACCUCAAGGAAGUUUCUGUGUGAGUUCCAACGAUAAUAUUCCGAAAACCUCGCCUAUCAAGAACAAGAGAUAGCGAGCUCUUUAUAUUCUUCGCUCUGACCAAACCAUAGCCAUCUCAAAUUAGUAAGGUACAUGAAGGACUUCAAUAACUAUCACAUAAGGUGAUAUCUACGUCGGUAUGCAUGAAGUCAUCUUGUUUCUGUUUUUCACUUUUCACUUUCCUGUUGAUAAUAUCGUUUGUCCUUCUCACGGAUAAGUCCUAGCUCGGUUUCUCUUUUUUUUUUUGGACCUACUUCAAAACUUGGAUCAGAUCUACUCUGAAGCAGGGAAAGAAAAUAGUUGAGGGAUCUUAUACUAUAUGUUAUUACUUUGUUUUAUUUUUUGCGCUUGUUGGAACCUUUUCAACGUGAUCCAUAUUUGUCAUUUAUACUUGAACUGUAAAUUAUCACUGGAUUCUGCAACUCCUUAAAGUUUAUACAUUAAUGGGAACUGAGAAGCCA